AUGGGUGCUUCCAAUGGGCACCAGUUGGGGAUUUAUACUUCCUCAUGCCCCGACCCGGUUCCCACAUCACCGCGCUACCAAACAGCCGGAGCCUCAGCCCAGGUUCUCUCACUGGGCUCUCCACCUCAGAAGGAACCUGAGUCUGAGGGGAUCGACAGCUCCAAGACCCGGGAGGAGCACUUCCCAGGGCACACCAGCGCGAGCUUCCGGAGCCGGUUACUAGAAAGGAUAAGCUCCGAGGAGCAACCAUUAAGGCUGAUCCCUCCCCCGGGCAGUCCCGGAGUCUUGCUUGUUUGUUUUCCAAGUGCAUUCGGUUCUGGACCGUUGUCUUCUCCUGUUUAUCUCUUUCUUUUUGAUCUCUGCGUGGAUCCGAUUCUCCACGCCGAGUAUCCAUAUCGUACCACUGAAAAGAAGAAUAUAGAGAAUUUUAACUUCCCAGGUUUCAAAGCAAACAAGAGUGCAAAACUACCCAGACAUUUGGAAGCUACUCAAAUUUUUCUUUAUGUUUUAAAAGCCCAGAAGCUUGAGCCUAAUCAAGAAGAAAAAGAUCACUUGUUUGAUAGGAUUUCAGAAAAUUAUGUGUCAUUCAUCAUGAGAGUCCCGAACUAUCAGAAAGAUACUUUUUUUAAGCUCUAUCCUGACUGUUUGUCACAAGCCAUCUAUACAAUAUUCCAGGAAGCAUUUCCAGACUCUUCUCAUCUAUUUGAUAAUGAAUUCAAAGACGAACUAGUGACAACCAUUUUUCAGUGGGUGACAGGUAUAAUACCCCCAAAAGGUGUUUGGACUCGAUGGAAUCUUGGUACAUUAGAAGAAAACACUAUCCAUGGUACCAUAAAAAGGGCUUUAGAGACGGAAGACGAAAAACUUAAAUGCAGAAAAAUUUUAGAUAAAAAACUGGAAUUUGACCUGGAAAAACUAAUAAUGGAAUACAGAAAUGUGUUGCUUCCAUCACCUGAAGAGCCUAUGGGAAAAAAAGAGUCUCAUUUGAUUGGCUUUGGUCCAGAAUUUUGCCGUAUUCUCUUCAAAAUUGGAGGCCAGAGUCCUCUGGUAUCAUACUAUAUGAAGGUGCAUGAAAUGGGGAGAAAUCCAAAACUUCCGUAUUCUAGUAUUCGGAUGACUCAAAUUUACCAAUGGCCAGCAACAGAAGGCCAAACAUACAAUGAAGUUAUAGCUGAAAGCAGAAAAAUAUUUGCCAAGAACAGAGCUGCUCACAAGAUAGAAUCCAAGUAUAUUAAAGAAGAGAUAAGAAUAAUUCAGCAAAAAAAUCGGGAACAUAACAGGAUGUUUGAAAGCUUUAAAGAAAAAGCCAAACAGAGACCAGAAGAAGCUAUGCAUGAUUGUAGAAAGUAUCUGGAGAAAUUGCGUGAAGUACAAAAAAAGGCUGCAAUAAGCAGGACACCAUCGGAAGUUGUUGCUGGAGCUGUAGCCUCAAUUCCUUAUUUUGCUUGUCUACCUACCUUGCGUCGUCAUUAUGAGGAGGAAGAGGAGAUUCAGGAGGAGAAAAAGUCAGAUGACCAAAAAAGUUUAGGCAUUUCAUGGCUUUAGU